AUGAAACUGUUCCUCAAAGGCACCGCAGUCCUCGCUCUUCUUAUUGCCAAGGCAUCAGCCGCGCAAAAUGGCAUUUUCGCCGCAAAUGGCGUCGAGCUCCAAACGUACCAAUUUGGCGAGGAUACUAUCAUCGGAGAACCACAAAGCAUGGUCCAGGUAAAUUACCAAUUAACUCUCACUGCCAGGAACGGUAAUUUCUAA